AUGGCCGACGAUGGCAUGCUCCUGAAUUUCCAGCUGGGAACUGAGCCCCUGAAGCGGCAGGUCAAAUUCACAGGUGGCCGCUGGCGCGACAGGAAACGUGCCGAGAAGUCUGCGCGAGACGCCGCAUCUGGCGGACCGAAGCCCGUAGUGGGAAAGAGGGACGAUGGUGACUUUACCGAACGGGCGCCGAAGCGGCAGCGAUUCGACGAUGAUGGGGAAAAUGGAUACAACAGCAGGUAUAAUCAGCAGCAGCCGAGGGAAGGUCCAAGAUCUGGUAGGCGAGAUGGUGGUGGCGGUAGCGGCGGCGGCAGACCGCAGCAUCACGACAAGGGCUCUCGCCAGGUCGUGUCCCGCCUCUUCUCAUUCAAUCCUGCCCAGAAGACGGAGUUUGACGACGAGGAGAAGAAGAAGGAGUGGACAGCACCCGAGGCGACCAAUGCGCCUCUGUCGGAUGUAGCCAACUUUGGGACGCUGGAACUGGCCUCGAGGUUGGUAGACGAGCUGGGCAAGAUGGGCCUGGAGAGGCCGACGGCGAUUCAGAAAAAGGUCAUUCCGCACCUCCUAUCCAGCAGCGGCGACGCGUUUGUGCAAGCCGAGACGGGAUCGGGAAAGACCUUCGCCUACCUGCUACCCAUGCUGCACCGGGUGCUGCAGCUGAGCGCGCGCGACGGCAGCGCACAGGUGCAUAGGGACUCUGGCGUGUUCGGCAUCAUUGUCGCCCCCACGCGGGAACUGGCCCGCCAGACGCACACGGUGCUCGAGCAGCUGAUCCGUCCGUUCCCCUGGCUCGUGUCCACGUCGAUAACGGGCGGAGAGUCCAAGAAGGCAGAGAAGUCGAGGAUACGCAAGGGCGUCAACUUCCUCGUCGCCACACCGGGCCGCCUGGCUGACCACAUCGACAACACUCAGGCCCUCAACCUGGGCACCGUGAGAUGGCUCAUUCUCGACGAGGGUGACCGUCUGAUGGAUCUAGGCUUCGAAGAGGACCUGAAGAAGGCCAUCAACGCCCUGAAGAAGGUCGACCUGGCAUACAAGACGGCCAGCGGCACGUCCCUCGACACCCUGCCUGGCCGCCGCGUGUCGGUCCUCUGCUCGGCCACCAUGAAGAUGAACGUCCAGCGCCUGGGAGAGAUGAGUCUUGCAGAGGCCACCUUCCUGGCGGCUGACAAGGCCGACAUCGACGACCCCACCACUGCCACGACCAUCGGCCAAGGGCAAGAUGUGCACAAGGCCCCCGCGCAACUGCAUCAGUCGCACCUCAUCGUGCCGGCCAAGCUACGCCUGGUAACGCUCAUCUCGUACCUGCGGUCCGUCUUCUCGCGCCGCGGCCGCACCAUGAAAGUCAUUGUGUUCCUGUCGUGCGCCGACUCGGUUGACUUCCACUACGAGCUCCUCCGCGACCCGAACAAGGCCGAGGAGAGGCCCGCAGAGGCGUCGGGCCGCGACGCCGAACUGCUGGCUAGGACGGUCUCCAAGGCCGCCUACGUGACGACGCCGGCCAGCCCCGAGGUGAUCCUGCACAGGAUGCACGGGUCACUAUCGCAGCCCACGCGUACGGCAACUAUCCGUUCCUUUUCGGCGUGCAAGCAGCCCUCGGUCCUCAUCACCACUGACGUUUCCUCUCGUGGUCUCGACAUCCCCUCGGUCGACCUGGUCAUCGAGUACGACCCGGCCUUCAGCUUCCCCGACCAUAUCCACCGCGUGGGACGUACAGCCCGUGCUGGCCGAUCCGGUGACGCAGUACUGUUCCUCCUCCCCGGGACGGAGGAAGGGUACAUCGAGCUUCUGAAGACGGCAGGCUCACCCACGGCGCAGUCGUUCGAGACGGUCCUCCAGAACGGUCUUAUGUCCAAGAUCGAGUUCCCUGUCGAGACGUCAGCCAAACCCACCGACGGCCAGACGUAUCACAACAAGGCCGAGACGAUCCAGCUCCACCUCGAGCAGCGCAUCCUGAGCGACAACGCCAAGCAGCUGCUCGAGCUGGCGCGCAACGGCUUCAAGUCGCACAUCCGCGCCUACGCCACCCACACAAAGGAAGAGAGGAAACACUUCGACAUAACGGAGCUGCAUCUGGGUCACACGGCAAAGAGCUUCGCCCUGCGUGAACCUCCCGGUGGAAUAGGAAACGGCAUCGAUAGGAAGUCCAAGAAGAAUCACAAGGGUGGAAAGGACAGGGGAACUGGAAGGUCAGCGGCACCCUCCGGGUCUACGGGCACACCGUUCAGGGAUGAUGGAGGAGUAGGCUCUGCCGUGGACAGCAAGGCCGCCCAGGAUAUCCUCAGGAAGAAGAGCAUGAUGUUGAUGAAUGCCGGUGCGGACGAGUUCAACAUUGGUUGA